AUGACGACACAAGAUGCAGUCAUCGCAACACCUUUUCUCUUGCUACUCCAACUCGUCUACGGCAAACCUCCUUACUUGCGCACAACCGUUAAUACCGGCGUACUACAGCAAACUAUGGUCGUGAAGGCGCCCACUGCCUGCUGCAGCCUGCAUAGCGCCUGCCAAAUUACCGGAAGUCGACCACACUUUACCGCUUCUCGAAGCAUCUGCUGGAAGAACUUGUCAAGAAGACCAUUCACUGUUUGA